AUGGCGAAAACCGCUAUCGGGAAGUUGCUGGGCUGUCGUGCCUUAGGUCAGGUUACUGGCAGAGGUAUCAACAGAGGAGAUUGUGAUGAUUCCGAUGAUGCUCCGCAGCGUCGACGGCCUACUGCAUCCGCACGGAGGCAGCGAGUCGCUGUGACUGUGGCACACGAUGAGCCAGUGGUCCCUGCGCCAGAUGUUCAGGAUGACCCGAUGGAGUCACCAGCUGCUAUAGAUGACAUUGUGGCAGACAUUCCUGUGGACACAGGCGUAGAGGCUGCUGAGGAUGAGCAUGAGGGAUUUCCGGGUGGUCCGAGCGACCCAUUUGUGUUGACCCAGUAUGUGGAUCACGUUGCUUGCAGCGUAUGGACGGAAGAGGAGCGUCCUGAGUUGAAGUUAUCCUCUCAUGGGAGGAAGGUCCACAGUUUAGGCAGGCCUGUCCCUGCCAUUGAGGGACUUGUUGUUGGUACAAGACUAAGUCCUCUGAUCGCGUGUUCGGUAGACAUCGGCGAUCGAGGACUUUUGUCCGCGUUUAUGGAGCGGUGGCACCGGGAGACGUUUAGUUUCCAUCUCCCGGUGGGAGAGCUCACCAUCACGCUGGACGACGUCUCCUCGCUUCUCCAUCUUCUCGUGGUUGGCGACUUACACGCCUUUGAGCCCUUGCACGUGGACGAUGCAGUUCAGAUGCUGGUGGACUUAUUGAUGGUCUCUGCAGAAUCUGCCAGGGCUGAGACAGCCCAGUGUCGUGGACCGUACAGUGCAACCAAUGUCCAUGUUGUCUACUUGGAGGCCCUUCGUGACCUCAGUAUGACGGAGAGGUACGCCUGGGGAGUGGCUGCUUUGGUGCAUAUGUACGACAAGCUGAACGAUGCAUCUAUGAGCCACAACCGACAGCUUGGUGGUUACAUCACACUGCUGCAGCACUUUUCGUCAGUCGCAGACUCCACUACUGAUCAGGAGUAUGACGAGGAUUCUCCGCGUGCGUGUAGGUGGAUUGCGAUGAAUAAGACCGUGAAGAGCAUUCGUACACCGACGUACAGGGAGCGCCUGGACCGACUCCGGAUUCCGGAUGUCUGUUGGUAUGGGGAGCACCGAUCGGUCCGGGACUUCCACAUCAGAUCAUGCUAUUCCGAUCUCUUGCGCUGGAGGCCUAUUGCUGUUUAUUACCGACCAGAGAGGGUCGUGCGGCAAUUUGGAUACACGCAGACCAUUCCUGCUCCUCCUGUUGAUUCAUGGGUGUCGUAUGAUGAUAUACACGAUAGGUGGAUGCACUACUCGGAUCAUAUCGUUCCAGCAGGUGAGGUGUGCGUUGUGCCAGGUCAGUGUUCCAGUGACUACAUGGAUUGGUUCUUCCGCAUCUCGCAUCCUUUCAUGACACCAGGCCACGCAUUAGAUCCUCUGCCUCAUGGUCACGCCCUGCAGCCCCGAGUCGUCCCUCAGGCCCCACAGACGAAUAUCCCUCACGUGCCGAAGCUAGGAGCAUCGUUGACAUCUUUGGAGGAGCCUAGACAUGCAGAAGUUUGUGAUGACAUUGCUGAGAGGUUGAAGCGCUAUCUGAGUCAAAGGGUGGUCACUCCAAGCUCAUCGACACAUGAGGUGAUCGAAGAAUGCCUCAGGUUGGCCAGGAGUGUGACACAGGACCAUCUAGUAUAUGUUAGGUCUAGACGCAGGCGACGCACGAAUCAGACGUAG